AUGACCCAAGACAAGGACUACGGACUUCUCUACCAAGCAUAUGCCUUCUCGUCGCCCGAGCUGAAAAAACAUGAAGAUCUCCUCGUCCAUACCAUCAACAGAGGAUACAACGCACCACGAUUCCAGUUUAACGUGAUCACCUCUCCAAGAAUCAAGCACUCUGUCGUCGAAGACCUCUGCGUUGUCCCGGAAGAGUCGAGCUAUGCUCUAUUCUGCUUCGCCGACCCUCGGGCUGGCGCUAGCAGCACGGACCGCACGUCCACCGUCAAAAUCGACGUCGACGAACUGGUCGAUGACGCAGCUGCAGCGAGGGAGAAGCUUCUUCAGCUCUACCCGAAGGGAACCAUAGAUACCCAAAACCCGCGUAUCCUCUACGACGACUCGGUGUCGCCAAAGAAAGGCACCACCGAGAAGUUGUGUCUCCCAGCACCAGAUAACCAGUUCACGAGCAGGUUCCUCGGAAUGGCGUGUCUGAAGCCACGCGGCGGCAGCGGCACCUCCUACGAGCUGACCGGGUUCAUCUCGUUCUACCCAGGCGUCGGCACCCAUCUGAUUCGGACCGUGGAGCAGUUUGCACGGAGCCAACUCGCGGCCACGGACAUUUGGAUCGCCGCCAUAGAGGAACACCUGCUCGGCCAGAUGUACUCCAAGUUUGGCUACGAGUUUGUCGAGCGGGUCCUCAUACCCGUCUCCGCCGACAGCGGCGGCAAGGUGGCCGACACCCAGGACCAUCUUGAGAACGACAUCAUGGCCAGUCGGGACUUCCAUCUCGAGGUUCUGUGCAAGAAGCUGACGUAA